AUGAUUUUUUAAUGUUUCCUUUAACUAUAAUUUGAUAGUANAAAAUAUUCUUUUGCAAUUCAUGGUGUUUAUGGUGACGAACCAAAUUUGGAAAUUAGAGGAGCAUGGAUUUGGAGAGGAAUUGAAGUACCAUAAGAAUGGGUAAUAAUAUUAAUUCAUAAAUUAUUAGAAAGAUCAUGUUGCUUAUGAUUAUCAUGUUUUCAGAAGAAUUGACUUAAACAAUGAAUAAGAUAAGAAAGAUUUCACUGAAUAUUGGGUGAACUAAGAGGAAGAUGUAUCAAAAGUGGGUGGUCUUACAGCCAGAAGCUUGAUGUAUUUCAGAUGAUAAUAAAUUAUUCAUAAAAAGAG